AUACGAAAUACAUAUCAAGCGAUAGCAGAAGCAUAUCGUCCAGGAAUGGGUCGCUUUGUAUUAUGCGCCCAAUUAACGGAAUUACUCAGUACAUGUAUUAUUUAUAUUGUAAUUGCGGGAGAUUUACUACAAAGUUGCAUACCAUCACUUGGUAUGAUAAAUGAUAAAUUAUCAGUUAAAUAA